AUGGCUACUAGUUCUAGCGACGAUGGCUUCGAGAUAAUCGAAGACCAUCAGAUCCCUUUGCGGCCUGCUAACGCUGGCACGACUGCCGUUACAGAGAACCUGACGCAAGAGCCUAUACUAACUAUACACUCCAUUCCUAACAAAGAUUCUAUGAUCGUCUCUAUCCAGCCCCCCCUCAAGCCAGAGAACGAUGUACCACAUGUUCCUUGUGACAUUGUUCUCGUAAUUGACAUCUCUGGGAGUAUGAAUUCCUCGGCUCCUAUACCGACUGGUGAGAGAGGUGGCGAGGAUACAGGUUUGAGCAUCUUGGACUUGACGAAGCAUGCGGCCAGGACAAUUAUCGAAACUCUCAAUGAAAAUGAUAGGCUUGCAGUGGUUACCUUCUGCACCGAGGUGAAGGUUGCUUUUGAGCUUGAUUUCAUGAAUAAAGAAAACAAGUCAAUGGUGUUAAGGGCCAUUAAUAAACUCUACGGCACUAGCUCAACCAACUUAUGGCAUGGGAUAAAAGAAGGCCUGAAGGUUCUCACUGCCACUCCAGUCCGGGAAAAUGUACAAUCUCUGCUUGUUUUGACGGAUGGUGCACCCAACCAUAUGUGCCCUGCCCAAGGCUAUGUGCCUAAAUUGCGUCAGACGCUGUUGGACCACCGUAACUCAACAGGAAGCCUGCCGCUAAUCCAUACAUUUGGCUUUGGGUACUAUCUCCGCUCACCAUUGUUACAGUCCAUUGCUGAAAUUGGCGGUGGCAUCUUCGCAUUCAUACCGGAUGCUGGUAUGAUUGGAACUGUGUUCGUUCAUGCUGUUGCAAAUUUAUUUUCAACAUUCACACCCCAAGCAAAGCUUAUCCUCCAAGGGGAUUCUUCUUCAGAGCUCCGCGUAGAUCUGGGAAGUAAACCCGGCUUGGAAUUAGAAAAGUCAACCGGCAAUGGAAUAUCGCUGAGGCUUGGAAGCCUUCGAUAUGGCCAGUCCCGGGACAUUAUUAUUCAUUAUGGUAAAUCAUCAAAGAGUCGCACAGUCAAUAUGCAAGGCAAACUUGUUUAUACUGCCGGUGGCGAGACGAGGGAGAUUGAGGUGCAAAAAAUGGCUCACAUCGAUGAGAUCUCUGUAUCUCAGGCUGUGUGCGAUUACCAUCUUAUGCGUUCAAGGCUUUGUACACUUCUAAGGACUUUCCAUCCACUUGAAGAUACAGCGGAGAACUUCAACUUCCCUACUACAGAUAUUGAAGAUAUUCGAACAAAGCUAGAAAGCCUGGCUACUGAAAUCAAAGGUCUCAGCCAGUCUGAUGAAUAUAAUCUGAGCCUCUUCGAGGACAUCGCUGGUGAAUCACCACAUGGGCAAAUAAGCAUGGCAUUGUCGUCUACGGAGUUCUAUGGCCGCUGGGGCCAGCACUAUCUCCUUUCGAUCCUCAACGCACAUGUAAAUCAGUUAUGCAAUAGCUUCAAGGAUUCAGGCCCACUGAUGUAUGGGAAAGACUCCCCUCUGUUCAACAAGUGUCGGACUGAGCUUGACGAAGUGUUUGACAACUUACCACCGCCUAAGCCAUCGCGCUCCGUCCCGACCUUACCCCCUGGCGUAUCUCGCCCUGCAAUGCGUAUGUCUCAUUAUAACCGAUCUAGCGGACCAUGCUUUACAGGAAGCUGCCGCGUCCGACUUGCCGGUAGCGGAAGUGAGCGUGUCAGUCCUACUAUUCCUAUUGAAUACCUACGUCCACCUGUUUCCGUAUGGACUCCACAGGGGCCGCGCAAAGUUAGGGCCGUUUUACAGAGCAUUGUGAAGGACGUUGAAAUCUGUGAAAUCGACUGUCUCCAAAUCACACCAUGGCAUCCAAUGAAAUUUCAGGGUAAAUGGGAGUACCCCAUAAAUAUGACCAACGGAGAUGCUCAAGCCUUCUCAGGAAACAUAUACUCAGUUUUGCUUGAACCUGAUUCCAACCCUGACGCACAUGCUAUUAUGGUGGAAGAUCAUAUCUGUGUCACCCUGGGUCAUGGAAUCCUGCAAGGUGAUAUACGCGCGCACGAACUAUUUGGCAACUACCAACUUGUUAUAAAGCAGCUGGAAUUGCUCCCAAAGCUUCCCAAUGGGUUGCUGCACUGUGUCGGCGUGGAAAGGUCGCCUGAAUCAGGCCGCAUCUGUGGGCUCAUUGGAUACAAUCACCUUCUCAAGGCAGAGCCGAAGUGUCAAGUUGAUGGAAGUUAUACUGGUAGUAUCAGGGUUACGUCUAUUUAA